AUGAGUCAGGCCCUUCAGAAAUAUGAAAAGUUAGAGAAAAUAGGGGAAGGAACCUAUGGGAAGGUUUACAAGGCUAAAAAUAGGGAAACUCAUGAGGUUGUCGCGCUAAAACGGGUACGUCUAGAAGAUGAUGACGAGGGUAUCCCCAGCUCAGCUUUCAGGGAGAUAUGUCUAUUGAAGGAGCUCAAGCACAGGAAUAUUGUGAGGUUAUAUGACGUACUAAUAAGCGAAUCUAGGCUUACAAUAGUAUUUGAGCAUUGUGAUCAAGAUCUCAAAAAGUAUUUUGAUGCCUGCAACGGUGAGAUCGAUCCUGCCACGGUAAAACUAUUUAUGUAUCAACUACUCCGUGGACUCCAAUUUUGUCACUCUAAUCAUGUACUUCACCGUGAUCUUAAACCACAAAACCUGCUCAUCAACUCGAAUGGAGAAUUGAAAUUGGCUGAUUUUGGUUUGGCAAGGGCCUACGGGAUUCCAGUUAGGCAGUACUCUGCAGAAGUGGUCACCCUAUGGUAUCGACCACCCGACGUGCUCUUCGGCGCCAAGAUUUACACCACCUCAAUUGAUAUGUGGUCGGCGGGGUGCAUAUUUGCGGAGCUUUCGAACGCCGGUAGGCCCCUUUUUCCCGGCUUCGACGUGGACGACCAGCUCCGUCGAAUUUUUAAAUUGCUCGGUACUCCGACUGAGUCAACUUGGCCGGGUGUAACUGACCUUCCGGAGUACAAGGCAUUUACUAUCUACCCGAAAAACACACAUUGGCAACAGGUUGUUCCUAAUCUCUCAGCUCGCGGUCGGGAUCUACUGCAGCAAUUACUCGUGUGCAACCCUUCAGAGCGUGCCAGCGCGGAUCAGGCUUUGGAUCAUCCUUACUUCGAUGCAGUGGUUCACUAG